AGUCAGCUCACACUUCACACUUGUCGACUUGUCAUCUCUCUCAGCUCCCGGCAAUAAAUUAGAAACACAACGAAUUAUCAUUCCAAAAGGAGUUUUACGACUUGGUAAUACUAAUUACUGACAACGACGACGACAUAAGUUGCCGAAAAACACAACAUAAUCUUCCCACGAAUGAGAAGAAUGAGUAAUUUUGUGCUAGAUUCGUUAGCCACUUCGUCCUCUUCAUCGUCACGGCUUGGCAGGUGGACCGUUUCUUCUUCAGGUGGCGAAACCCCCUUGUCCGUACCUACGCCAGCAUUCCUCGUUCAUACUUUGGGUGGAAGUGUGCCUCACCUCACAGCAGAUGUAUUGCUUCAACAUGUUUUUCCCGAACAGCGACCCCCACUCCUUGUCUCUAUCGACAAUUGUGCCACCUUUGUCGACAGCGUGGCACAAUUUGGGUCGGGCAUUGCUAAAUUUGCGGGCCUUCCACAGUUUCCUGUCUUCCUUUCGCCGCACAAUCCAGGAAAGAAGGUUCUUCCCAGUGGGUAUAAUAUUGGGGAGAGUGUGGCACUCUGGGGACGGAGGGGCAAGACUGCACUCACCGUGGCCGAACACCAACGGAUCGUAGCUGCUUUCAAGCCUCAAUUUUUUCAAACCCUGAGUGACUACGAUAUUAGCUCAACCAGUGGUCUGAAACGGAUGAAGAAGUCAACUACAAGAACGUUAGAAUUUUUGGACAAGACCACGAGCGGGAGUAGUAACGGUGCUGACCUAUUUGCUACCGUGGAGCUGGGAUGGUUUAAAGUAGAUGGGGAGGAAGCCAAUAAAACGGUGAAGGCCAUGCUGACAAAUAAAUUGGAUGCGAUCAAAGGGUUCAUCAUUUCAGGCGUCACCCUUUCGCUUUCACCCAACAAAACUGAAGGACAGAAGAAGGGUCCAAUGAAUAAUAAAAAACGCACACAGAUGGACACUGAGAAAAAGUCUUCCCUCAAUAGUACACCAGUCGAGGACAAGGCAGACGAGGAUGACAAGUCCACUGAUUCCACCAAAACUAGUGACUUGGACUACGCUGCCAUUUCAGAGGUUGUUGCCCUCCUUCCAGCCCACUUACCCCGCUACGUCCCAGGCCCUUUGAGCCCGUAUGAAAUUCUGGAACUCGUCCUCCUUGGGGUCGACUUAUUUGACUCUUCCUGGGUCACGGCCAGCGCUGACUUGGGACACGUCCUCGUCUUGGACGAACUGACGAAAUAUUUCCCGGAUGGACAUGAGGUCAAGAUAAAUAAUGAAUCCCUGCCUGGCGGAAAGAAUGGUGACGAGGGGACAAACAGUUCGAAUGAAACGGGAUGCACUAUUUCAAUCAAGGAUAAAAAAUAUUUCUCCGACUUCACCCCACUUUCGAGCUCCUGCUCCUGCUACACGUGUCGCAAACAUACGAAAUCCUACCUUAAUCAUUUAUACGCCACGGAAGAGUUACUCGGACCAGUUCUUGUCAUGAUACACAAUUUGACCUCCUUCAACACCAUGAUGGCCACGAUACGUCACGUCGUAAAGAAGGAUGCUGGCGUAUCAUCCCAAACUGAAAGUAGUACCAGCUCACAAGAGAGUUUGGACCGAUUAAAGCAAUGCCUCAAGCCAUGUUAACAAAAAAAACAACGACAAAUUAUUUCUUAGGGGGUACAAAAUGUUUGAAUGGUGAGUGUCUGAUUUCGUUUUAAAUAGUUUUUUUUCUUAUGAAAACAUUUAUUAAUUGAUUGAGUAAUAUUGUUGCUUCUGACUUUGUUGAUAAUUAA